AUGGGGGGCUGGACACAUGGUUACUGCAAGUCUUCCCUCCCCCCCAUCCUCGCAUCUUUUCUCUCUCCUCUCAUCCACCCUCAUCCUCCUAUCAACCCCCGCCACGUCACAGACUCGCCCCGCCCUGUGCUGACGUGGCAGCAGAGAAUACGGAUCGCUGUGGGGGCAGCACAGGGCCUGGCUUACCUGCACGGUUCAAACAUCAUUCACCGGGAUCUCAAGUCGUGCAAUAUCCUCUUAGACCAGCACAUGCGCGCCAGGCUGACAGACUUUGGAAUGGCGAGGGCGGGCCCAGAGGAGGGGAAGACGCAUGCGACCUCGCCCCCACCAGUGACGUUUAUUCCUUUGGAAUAA